AGUUGUGUCUUGUGCGUUGUGCGGUGAAGUUGCGCCUUCGUUCUGAAGCCUGAAAAGCUGAGCACCAGAACCUCUGGACAUCUGAACGUCUGAAUAUCCAGCAGCUACUCGGACCGUGCGGUGCAUCCUUCUCCAGACUGAGACCAAGAUCCGAUUCCAGCCUUAGCCCCACAAAUCGACCCCACAAAUCGCCGCUUUCAAGAUGAGAGAAAUCGUGCACCUGCAGGCCGGCCAGUGCGGCAACCAAAUCGGCGCUAAGUUCUGGGAGAUCAUUUCCGAGGAGCACGGCAUCGACAGCAAUGGCAUCUACGUAGGCGACAGUGAUCUGCAGCUGGAGCGCGUCAGUGUCUACUACAACGAGGCAUCGGCAGUCACGCGGUCGUCGGGAGGCAAGUACGUGCCCAGGGCCAUCCUGCUAGAUCUGGAGCCCGGAACCAUGGAGUCGGUGCGUUCCGGUCCCUACGGACAGCUCUUCCGGCCGGACAACUUCGUGUACGGACAGUCGGGAGCGGGCAACAACUGGGCCAAGGGUCACUACACCGAGGGCGCCGAGCUGGUGGACAAUGUCCUGGACGUGGUCCGCAAGGAGUGCGAGAACUGCGACUGCCUGCAGGGCUUCCAACUGACGCACUCGCUGGGCGGCGGCACUGGGUCCGGAAUGGGCACCCUGCUGAUCUCGAAGAUCCGCGAGGAGUACCCCGACCGCAUCAUGAACACCUACUCGGUGGUGCCCUCGCCCAAGGUGUCGGACACCGUGGUGGAGCCAUACAACGCCACGCUGUCGAUUCACCAGCUGGUGGAGAACACAGACGAGACGUACUGCAUCGACAACGAGGCGCUGUACGACAUCUGCUUCAGGACGCUGAAGGUGUCGAAUCCCAGCUACGGAGACUUGAACCACCUGGUCUCGCUGACCAUGUCCGGGGUGACCACCUGCCUGCGCUUCCCCGGCCAGCUGAACGCCGAUCUGCGCAAGCUGGCGGUCAACAUGGUUCCAUUCCCGCGUCUCCACUUCUUCAUGCCCGGAUUCGCGCCGCUCACCUCGCGCGGAUCGCAGCAGUACCGCGCACUCACCGUUCCCGAGCUGACCCAGCAGAUGUUCGACGCCAAGAACAUGAUGGCCGCCUGUGAUCCGCGCCACGGCCGCUACCUCACGGUGGCCGCCGUCUUCCGCGGCCGCAUGUCCAUGAAGGAGGUGGACGAGCAGAUGCUGGCGGUGCAGAACAAGAACAGCUCCUACUUCGUGGAGUGGAUCCCGAACAACGUGAAGACCGCGGUGUGCGACAUCCCGCCGAAGGGCCUGAAGAUGUCCUCCACGUUCAUCGGCAACACCACGGCCAUCCAGGAGCUGUUCAAGCGGAUCUCCGAGCAGUUCUCGGCCAUGUUCCGGCGCAAGGCCUUCCUGCACUGGUACACCGGCGAGGGCAUGGACGAGAUGGAGUUCACCGAGGCGGAGAGCAACAUGAACGACCUGGUGUCCGAGUACCAGCAGUACCAGGAGGCCACCGCCGACGACGAGUUCGACCCGGAGGUCAAUCAGGAGGAGGUCGAGGGCGAUUGUAUUUAAUGGUGUGGCCAGAGGAAUGAGGGGCGUGCGUGACGGCAGGGGGGAUAGGGAUGUCCGCUUUCUGCGCGGCAUGCGCCACCAGCUGGCGGCCAAGCAC